AUGUCAAUUAAACCAUGCAAAUUAUAUCCGCCACAACCUUCGACGGUUCGGGCUCAAUCGCUCCAUUUAUCAUACGAUCCGGUCCAUGAUAGAAUUGCUUAUCCUAACGGGAAAUCGAUUAUAGUUAGGCCAUUAGAUCCCAAGAAUACAGCUGUUGGCGCUAAACAGUUCACCAAGCAUAUUCACACUACUACGGCGGCCACGUUUGCGCCAUCAGGGAAUUACGUAGCUUCGGGUGACGAAUCAGGACAGGUGAAGAUCUGGGAUAGCGCAGUAGUCGGUGGAAGCACUGAUGGUACGGAAUCGGCAUUUGAACAGCCUUACAUUAAGAGCGAGUUCCAGAUACUUUCGGGUCCAAUCAAGGACAUUGCGUGGGAUGCGGACAAUUCGAGAAUAAUUGCUGUGGGCCAAGGGAAGGAUAAAUUUGGCCAUUGUUUCACCUGGGAUUCUGGGAAUUCGAUUGGGGAGAUCCAGGGACAUUCAUCUACGAUAAAUGCAGUUGCAAUAAAGCCACAGAGGCCAUACAGAGCUGCGACGGUGAGUGAUGAUAAGGCAUUGGUAUUCUUUAACGGGCCACCGUUUAAGUUCGACAAGAGUAUUAGGGGUAACCACACCAACACCAUUAGAGAUGUCAGUUUCUCACCCGAUGGAAAAUGGUUGGUGAGUGUCGGUUCCGAUAGACUUAUUGCUCUUUAUGAUGGUAAAACGGGUGAAUUCGUUAAGAAAAUUGAAAAUGCCCAUGAGGGAGGUAUCUUUGGUGUAAACUGGUUCAAAGACUCAUCGAAGUUUGUUACCUGUUCGGCUGACAACACGGUUAAAUCUUGGGAUGUUGAAUCGGCAAAAUCUGUUGAAACUUAUGUUGUUGAUUCUUCUGUAACUGUUGAUAACCAACAAGUAGGUGUUAUAGUUGCCAACGAUUACAUCGUAUCCCUCUCCUUCAAUGGUAAUUUAAACUAUUUCAAAGAGAACGAUUCAAAUUUGGCCUUUGUCCUUUCUGGUCAUCAACAGCCAUUGACGAGUGUAAAGUAUAAGUCUGAGAGUGAGUUACUAUUCACUGGAGGUUCGGAUGGUAGCAUCUACCAACGGGAGGUCGAUGAGAAAUCUACAUUGAGCCCAAUACCAAGCGCAGUCGGUGAUUCCAAAACAAAACACAGUAAUUAUGUUGUUGAUAUAGUCUCGUCAGGAAAAGAAGAAUUAAUUACUUCCGGUUGGGAUGAUACUCUUAAGAUUUGGAAUGCUAAAGACUUGGCCACUACUAUACCAUUAGAAUCUGGACAGCCAAAGCAAGUGUUUCAAGUGACUGAAAGUACAGUAAUCGUAUUAUUUGAAUCAAAUAUCGAAUUAUACUCGAAAACUUCUGGUAACUUGAAAAAAGUCACCGCCGUCGAUUUGGAAUUUUCGGCAUCCAGCAUCUCAUUGGUUCCUUCGACUGAUAAAUUACUUGUGACAAACUUAACUGCAAAUACAGUUGAAGAAUAUAUUGUUGAUUCCAACUCGAUUGUUAAACUGUCAACAAAUUUCCCUCAAGGACGUGCUCCUCCUACUUUAGUCCGUGUGUCUCCAGAUGGCAAAUAUGCGGCUGUUGCUGAUAGUUCUGGUAAGUAUACAGUCUAUAAUGCAAAUGACCGUUCAGUGGUCACUACUCGUUGGGCAUUCCAUAGCAGUAAAGUUCUUGAUGCUAAGUGGACUACAGACUCUAAGUUUAUUAUCAGUGUUGGUUUGGAUAGUGGAAUAUUUAUUUAUUCUGUAGACAAGCCUUCGAAGGUUUUGAAGUUCCCAUUGGCUCAUCAAAAUGGUGUAUCCGGUGUAGAAUGGACGAGUUAUGAAUUUAAUGAUAAAAAAUCGGCCUCUUUUAUUACGACUGGUCUGGAUGGUGUUAUUAAGACGUGGAAUGUGGAUUUAAGCGUUUAUUAG